AUGGCUUCUUACGACGGAAUCGACUCCUUAAAAAGUUUUUUCAGAAACGAAUCACUCAAUAAGAUUGCUAUUUCUAGGGCUUUUCAUGAACUAUGGAAACGAAAUGACAUACAGUCGGAUUGUAACCGUCUUUUAGAGAUUUUAAUCGAGUUAAUGGCAGAAAAUUUAGAUAAAGAAAUAACACCUGGCGAUUAUAGAGUACUUGUAAAAGAAAGCAUUCUUCCAGUAUUGACAAUUGAAAAUAUGUAUGAAACUUUUUGUCAAACUCAUGCUGAAAUUACACAACAUGGAGGACAAAGACAAACAAGGACUUCAAUAAAAGCAAAAUGGGGUUCGAUUAGACAAAGUAUUAUUGAUGAAUUAGUUAAUAAUUGUACAAUAUGUGCUGUUAGAAAACCAUCUUUUCAUCCUUUAUCUGCAAAACCAAUUAUUGCAAAAAAUUUUUUGUCACGAGUUCAGAUAGAUUUAAUUGAUUUAUCAUAUGAUGCUGAUGGAGAAUAUAAAUAUAUUUGUCAUGUUCGUGAUCAUUUUACACGAUUUUCUUGGGCUAAAUCUUUAACAUCAAAAAGAGCUGUUGAAGUAGCAGCUUAUUUAUUUGAUCUUUUUCAUUUCUUGGGUUCACCUCCUACAAUUCUUCAAUCUGAUAAUGGAAAAGAAUUUUGUGCUUCUGUUAUAAAAGAAUUAAUUUCUUUAUGGCUUUCUGUAAAAAUAAUUAAUGGACAUCCACAACAUCCUCAAUCACAAGCACAUAAAAAAACUCCUUAUGAACUUGUAUAUGGUGAUAAACCUCGAGGAAAUAGUACUUUAAUUGAAGAUUUAUUUCAAAAAAAAAUUUAUGAUGAAGAAAAUAUAGAAAUGAAACAAAAAAUCGUUCUUCAAUCACUACGAUUACAAUGUCAAAUCGGAGGAAAACUUGACAUGGGAUUUUCAUGA